GUUGCCGAUAGCUAGUUCAAGCUAAAAUCGCAGGGCGACGAGCAUUAAACCAAACGCACAAAAAGAAACGUAACCUGUUGACAAAAUACUCAAUUUCCCAAAAUUACUUUCGACAUCGGGCUCCUCCCCCCCUUUUUCUACUCCUGCUCCAGCUUCGUAGCAGCAGGUUAUCGGCUUACCCUGGUACAGCUGUGGGAUGUUGCUGAACACACCCUGUACAUUUCCCUGUCAUUUCGAAUCGGCGUUAAACAAGAAGAGGAGCUAAAAAAAAAGAAAAAAAAGAAACGGGGGGACAAAACCCGUCACCCAAUAUGUGGCGUAGUACCGGCUGACCGCAUCUGCUUCAGGUAACUGUGAUGGCACGGUCAAAGCUGUCCCUACCACUGACCGUUGUGGUGGUCCUCCAUGUGCUGCUGCCAGGACCUGUCUAUGCUGGGCCUGAGAUGGACCCAUACAAAAUACUUGGAGUAACCAGGAGUGCAAGCCAGGCAGAGAUCAAGAAGGUCUACAAGCGUCUUGCUAAAGAAUGGCAUCCUGACAAAAACAAAGAUCCGGGUGCUGAGGACAUGUUUAUAAAGAUUACCAAAUCUUAUGAGAUCCUGUCCAGUGAGGACAAACGUGCCAAUUAUGACCGUUACGGGCAGAUGGAUGAUACCCAGCCGUAUGGCAACGCUCGCUAUGGCCAUCGCCGCGACAGCUUUUACUUCGAUGAGUCCUUCUUCAACUUUCCCUUUAACAGCAAGAAUCACAGAGACUUUGCUGACAGCAAGUACACAUUACAUUUUAACCAGUACGUUAAUGACGUGGUGCCCGACAGCUACAAGAGACCGUACCUAAUAAAGAUCACUUCCGACUGGUGCUUCAGCUGUAUCCACAUUGAGCCUGUCUGGAAGGAGGUGGUGCAGGAGAUGGAGAGUCUAGGUGUCGGAGUAGGUGUGGUGGAUGUUGGCUAUGAGAGACGGUUAGCCAAUCACCUCGGCGCUCACCGCACCCCAUCGAUACUCGGAGUCAUCAAUGGCAAAGUGACAUUUUUCCAUUAUGCCGUUGCGAAGGAGCACCUGAGGCAAUUUGUGGAAGACUUGCUUCCUCAGAGACUCGUGGAGCGGGUAACUGACAAGAAUGACCUACAGUUCUUGAACAGCUGGCAUGAGCUCAACAAGCCUCAUGUGCUUCUGUUUGACCAAGUGCCUGCUGUUCCUCUUCUAUACAAAUUGGCAGCUUUUGCUUAUAAGGACUACUUGCAGUUUGGCUAUGUGGACCAGGGCCUUUCAGAGACUGCUAAUCUGCAAAAACAGUUUAAUAUUAACACGUACGCUCCGACUAUACUGGUCUUCAAAGAGAACACUGACAAGCCGGCUGAUAUUAUACAGGCUAAAGGAAUGAAAAAGCAAAUUAUUGACGAGUUCAUGUCAAACAACAAGUUUCUCCUUGCACCGCGGCUGGUCAAUCAGAAGCUCUUUGAUGAGCUCUGUCCCGUCAAACAGUUUCAUAGACGCAGGAAAUACUGUGUCCUGCUGAUCACAGGUGAUGAAGAGAUCUUUUCCUUUGGGAACCAGGCGUUUCUCUCAUUCGCUUCUACCAAUACCAGGGAAGUUGUGAGGUUUACCUAUGUGUACCAGCGGCUACAGCAACCACUUUGUGACAUCCUCACACAAAACAAGGACAGUGUGCAGUCACAACCACAGGUUGUUAUCCUGGAGCGCCGUAAUGCUGCAGGAAAGACAUUUUUCAAGCCAGUUACCGCCUGGAAUGGCAGCGAGGAAGACAAGCAGCGUCUUCAGGAGGAGCUGGAGCGACUUCAGAAAGACCCAUCCAUCCUCAUCCACGACGCCGUGCUGCCUGAACUCAACAAUGAGUUUGCCUCUGUGUUUGUAAUCCGAUGGAUCUAUGCAUCUUAUGAUUACCUCUCUGAAGUCAUUGAUGAUAUUAUACAUAACAACUGGCGUGAGAUGAUGCCCCUCCUGUCCCUCAUCUUCUCUGCCUUGUUCAUCUUAUUUGGAACUGUGGUCAUUCAGGCGUUCAGUGACUCAAGUGAUGAUAAGCAGACAAAACCAAAGGGAAAAGAUGGAACAAAAGCAGAAAAUGGGUCAUCAGAGAGCAGUAGUACGUCCAGUCGGCCUCCCAAGAAGAAUUUUGUGGAGGUGACCGAGUUGACUGAUAUCACCUACAUGAGCAACCUUGUGAAGCUGAGGCCAGGACACAUGAACAUAGUACUGGUGCUCACCGAUGCCUCCAAAAACAUCCUUCUUAGCAAGUUUGCCAAGGAGGUCUAUUCUUUCACUGGGAGCCUGACGCUACAUUUCUCCUUCCUGAAUCUCGACAAGCACAGCGAGUGGAUGAACACGCUGCUGGAGUACGCCCAGGACGCCAUGCAGAUCGAUGCCGACGAGGAUGAAGGGGGAAACCGCAAGAUAGACUACACCGGCUACGUGCUGGCACUUAACGGUCAUAAAAAGUACCUGUGUCUGUUUAAGCCUGUCUACACCGGGGAAGACUUUGACAGUAAGUCAUCCGAGGACGAAGGGGCCAUUUCUGCGGGCAGGUCGAGGUCCAGUUCCCGCGAUGACCACCCACAACGUAAAUCCAACCGAGCUCGCAGCAUAUCCACCCUGCAGAUCCACCACAAACUGGACCGCCUGGGGUUGUGGAUGGAAAGGCUGAUGGAAGGCACUUUGCCUCGUUACUACAUCCCAGCCUGGCCAGGACUAGAAAAGAUCACCCCCAGUAAAUAGAUAGCAGGGGAAAGACUUAGUAUUUACCUACUGUUCCACUUAAAUGGUUUAAUUCAUUAUUGAAGUUUUUUUUUUUUUCUCUGGCACUUGAGAUAUAUAUUAGGUACAGGUUUUUCCUAAGUUGGGCCAAAAUUAUAAACUUGGCUUUAGUGUAACUACUGUGGAGGAGGCCUUUUAGCAUACCUCUAGCACUCGUUGCAUGCUGUUUUCAACUGCUGUUAGUCAUAUUUUUAUUCAGGCAAAUGCUGCUGCUACAGCCUUGUGAGGAGAAAACAAAAUCACUGUGGCAACGUUUAAUAUCCUGAUUUCAUGGCUAUCAGUCAUAUUUACUCACACUAUGAAAGAGGCAGAUAGAAACCUUAGAGUUGGGUUAUGGUCUGUCAGAGCCACUUGGUAAGAUGCUCCAGGACUUUCAUAGCCUUGCACUCAGUUGUGCACUUGAAAUGGACCACAAAUGGUAGUGUGACAGAUUAAAUUAAGAAAGCUAUAGAGAGAAGUUCAAUUUCAGCUGGCGAAUCGUGGUGUCACAUUUCUGUUACACAAAUGGGGGAAGGAGUUUAAAGCCUUCAUUGAUGAAUACUGUGAAUAGAGAUGCAUGAAACUAACAUUAAAUGUCUUUGCCUUUGUAUGCAUCUCAGCUAAGUUUGUGUAUCGUCUCCAAAAUGCUGACUCUCCUGUGCAAUAUACAUGUCAUGACAAUGCCUUUUACCCUGGACCUCAAGGCUCGCUCCUUGCUCUUCCUUGACCACGUCACUUUUUUGUUAUAUGGGAACUGUCGGGGUUGUUGUUAUCGGGUUGUUACUAUACACACGAGAUUUAUUCAACAGCCUUGGCCAAUUUAAAAAUCUGUUAGCCAGUAGCUUCAUGUAGCAAAUAUAAUAAACAGGCUGUCCGUCUCAUCUUCUGAAUGUUUUCCAAAUGGCUGCACCCAUCUUGAAAUAUGUACCCACCUGAAAGUGGAACUUUAUGCUUGCCUAGUUUAUACAUUUGUUUUGUCCACAUUAAGUGUAAAAAAAAAAAAAAAAUGCUGUUAAAAUAAUUUUGUUGGUACAAAGUGAUGUGAAUAUUGCACACGAUCAUAUUAUCUGUACGACCUGUAUUUUAAAAAGUACAUCAUUUGAAAGAUGCGGUGAAUGUUUUACACUAUUAAGACAUUGAAAUUAUGGUCGGUUGUUUCUGUUUAAGUAAAAAAUGUCAGCUAUUAUAGGACUUUUCAGUCGGUCUUUAAUAUUGUAUUUAUCCUCUCGUUGGUU